UCGUCGAACGCUUUUGUGGCCGCCUGCUCAUCAGUCCAGUGAGUCUGGCGGCCGUGGUUAAACUCACCGACUCUUCUUCUGUACUGCUUUCCUCCCUUUCUUUUUUUUAUAUUUUUUAAACAUUUCUCUCCAACUCCAUCCGUCCACCAAGCCGCCAUCAAAGACUACGCAAUCUCCUUCUUCCCUGUUGACUUUGUUACUGGCCUAUGACCAAUAGCUCUAGUAGAACAGGAAGAAGAACACACAAAAAAAGGUGUGUUUGCCAAAAUUAAAGAGUCAAAGUGUCGUGCGUCAUCGAUGUAUAGAUUCCGUUGAUCGAGUAAAGAAGUUCUGGGAAGAUAUCGCAUAGAUUCAUCAUCGUAAAAUAACAUCUGUAGAAACUAAAAACUCGAAAAGUUAAAAAAAAGCGGAACGAAAUGAAAGUGACGUGGUGUUGGUUAGUGUGUCUGUGCUUAGUGGCGGCUGGCCAUCAAGUCUCUUCAGCCGCCGACAAAAAAAAGGCAGCCGUCAAAUCCAGCUCGCCGGAAAACGAGCAGGAAAAAGUGGAGGCGGUCAUCGAGGAUGUCAACGCCAAACAGUUGGAAAGGCUUCUCGACGAGAAAGACUACGUGGCCGUCUAUUGGUAUGGACGGAACUGCCGGCAGUGCGACAAGGUCUUACACGAACUGGAAAACAUUGACGAUGAAACAGAUCAUUUUGGAGUCCAUUUUGUGAAAAUCAACGACAAGAAACUCUCCAAGCAAUACAAUGUGAAAACCUAUCCGGCCUUGACGUAUUUCCGCAACAAGGAACCCAUCGCCUACGAAGGCGACCUCCUGGAUGAGGAGCAAGUUUUGGAAUUCUUGACCAGUCUGGAGGCCAUGGAUCUGCCUGAUCAGAUCGAAGAAGUCAACGCCAAAAUCCUGGAAAAGAUCGUCCACGAUACUGGCUACAUCGCCGUCCUAUUCUAUCGGCCACAAUGCAAAAAGAGCGAAAAAGUUCUGCGCGAGUUGGAGAACAUCGACGAUGAAGCCGAUCAGCUGGGCAUCGCUUUCGUCAAAAUCGCUGACGAAGAACUCGCUGAAGAAUACAGCCUCGCGUCUCUACCUACUUUGGUAUACUAUCGCAACAGCAUACCUGUCAUCUACGAAGGGGAUUUGAUGCGAGAAGAAGACGUCCUCGAAUGGCUCGUUCAAAAUAAAAAUACUGCUAGCGAGGAGGAAGACAUGAUCGAAGACGUGACAGCCAAAACAUUGGAAACUCUAACCAGCACAGCUCAACACCUGGCUGUCCUUUUCUACGAUCACGACGAUGAAGAAUCACAGCGGAUCUUGACUGAACUGGAGAACAUCGACGACGAAUGCGACCAGAAAGGAAUCUCUUUCGUCAAGAUCGAUGACGACCAUGUGGCUAAAGAAUACGGUGUUGAUCAUCUUCCGACGCUUGUCUACUUUGAAAACAAAAUCCCGAGCCUUUACGACGGCGAUUUGGCCAAUGAGGAACAAGUGCUGGCUUGGCUCAUCGAACAGCUGGCCUCCGACACCAUUGAAGACAUCACCGACGAGAUGCUGGACAAGCUCAUCAAGAAAUCUGCACAUCUGGCCGUCCUUUUCUACGAUAAGGAAGACAGCAAGUCGGCUGCAGUCGUCACCGAACUGGAGAACAUCGAUGACGAAUGCGACCAAAAGGGAAUCUCUUUCGUCAAGAUCAGUAACCCAGAAGAAGCAAAAGAAUACGGCAUCGAUGAUGUACCUAGCCUUAUUUAUUUUGAGAAUGGCAUCCCUUCAAUUUACGAAGGUGAUUUGAAGAAUGAAGAGAAAGUUUUAGAUUGGCUGAUUCAUCAGGUGGAGAGUGACGAGAUCGAGGACGUCACCGACGAGAUGCUUGACAUGCUAAUCAAGCGAUCCAAGCAUUUAGCCGUUCUCUUUUACGAUAAAGACGCAAAAGCCAGCGUAGAUACUCUUGCUGAGUUGGAAAACAUUGAUGACGAAUGUGACCAAAAGGGUAUUGUUUUCGUCAAGAUCGACAACGAGGAUGAAGCCAAAGAGUAUGGCAUUGACCAUCUGCCUAGCUUGGUUUACUUCGAGAACACCAUCCCUAGUCUCUUUGUCGGUGACCUGAAGAAUGAGGAGAGCGUAUUAGCUUGGUUGACGCACCAAGUGGAGAGCGACGAAAUUGAAGACGUCACCGACGAGAUGCUGGACAUGCUCAUCGAAAAGUCGCCGAGUUUGGCCGCUUUCUUUUACGACAAAAACAAGCCCGCGCACUUAGCUGUGCUCAAGGAGCUGGAGAACAUCGACGACGAGUGUGAUAGCAACGAUAUUGCUUUCGUGAAAAUCAGCAACCUCGACGAGGCCAAAGAAUAUGGUCUUGAUGAACUACCAGCACUCGUCUAUUUUGAAAACAGGAUUCCCAGUGUUUAUGAAGGUAACCUGAGCGAGGAGGAACAGGUACUCAGUUGGCUCGUUGAACAGAAAAAUAGCGACACUAUCGAAGAGUUGACUGAUGAGCUGCUGGAGAACAUAAUCAAGACCAACGAAUACGUCGUCGUUUAUUUCAGUGGGCCGUGUGAGGAAGGCCAGAAGUGCGAUUCAAUCCUCGACCAAUUGGAGGAGAUUGACGACGAAGCUGAUGAACACGGUAUCCACCUCGUCACCACUGAGGAAGUUGAAUUCGCCAAGCGAUAUGGAAUCAAAACUUUCCCAACGUUAGCUUUCUUCCGCAAUCAAGAUCCUCUGAUCUACAAAGGUGACAUCAGUGACGAGAAGAAAGUAUUGGCUUGGUUCACCGAUCAAGGCAACCUCGAAUUGGCUGACCAAAUUGAAGAGGUCAAUGAGAAGAUGCUCAAAAAGCUAAUCGGUUCAUCAGCUCAUGUCGUUGCGUUUUUCUACGAAGAGAAAAACAAGGAAGCAGUAGCCAUUCUGAAGGAACUGGAGAACAUCGACGACGAAUGCGACGCCCUCAACGUGGAUUUUGUUAAAAUAUCCGAUCCUGGAGUGGCGCCAGCAUUCAAACUGGCCACUUUACCUGCUCUGGUCUACUUCCGACGCUCGACGCCUAUUCGAUUCAGCGGGGAUUUAAUGGACGAGGAAGGCGUCCUGAAAUGGGUGACUACCACCAAAGAACAGGAUGUGGACGUUAUUGAAGAAGUUGAUGUUGCGACUCUGGAGAAAAUGCUCGACGAUCACGUCAACGUCGUCGUAUACUUUUAUGCUAAGGGCUGUGGUAAACCAUGUGAAGUGGCACUCAACCGUCUUGAGAACAUUGACGACGACGCUGAACGUCAUGGAAUUCAAUUUGUCAAAUCCACUUCGGUCAAGACGGCCAGCCGGCUCGGCAUCGACCCACUCCCCGCCUUGGUCUACUUCGAGGACGGCCAACCGAUCAGAUACAACGGUGAUCCGAGUGAGGAGGCCGACGCUUUGGAUUGGCUGAUUUCCCGUCAAAGCCGCAAGCAAUCCGGCGGAAGGAGGUGUCAAACAGUUGGAAUGGAGGAUCAACAACAGCCCGGCAAACUACGCAAAUACGAAUGCUGUCCAGUUUCAUCCAAAUCGAAGAAGAAAUCACAAAAACUGGUCAAAGGGGUGGCAUUCAUCGGCGAUGAAGAUGAUUCCGACAACAAUGGAGAUGACUACGUGCGAGAUGAUGAUUUCCUCGAUGACGACCAUAACGACGACAAUAACGACGAUGACGACACUGACGACAAACCGCACCAUAACCCGUCCAUCCCCGAUCCCGACCAGCACGACCACACUAGUUCACGAUCCUCGUCGCCACAGCACGCUCAAUCAUACGAUUACAUUUCUGAUGAUGAGUUUGUCCAUGAUGCAGAGGACACUUUUGAAGAGGACAACGUGCUCGAUUGGAUCCUAGAAAUGCAUCACGGCAACACGAUGAAGAACGUUUCUCGCCAGUCUCUCAUGAGCAUGGUUGAAAAUUAUGACUAUCUGGCAGUCGUUUUCUAUACCGUCGGCGAAGAGGAGAGUGAAAGAGUAUUGCGUCGUUUAGAACUCAUUGAUAUGGAAGUACAAGAGUAUGGCACUCUGCUCGUCAAAUGUGACGAUUAUCUCAUGUCGAAGAAAUACGGCCAUCGUUCCACUCCGGCCCUCGUCUUCUUCCGACACGGAAAGAUUCUCCAUUUCGAAGGAGAUUUAAUGGACGAAGAAGAAGUUUUGGAUUGGCUGACUGAUCCGGAGAACAUGGAAUCAAUGGAUCGCAUUGAAAGGGUGAAUCGGAAAAUGUUUCAACGGAUUCUCCAGCGAUCGGAUUUUUUGGCAGCUUUCUUUUACAGUGACGUGGAUUGCAAGCAAUGCGACAAAGUGCUGGAAGAGCUGGAACAUAUCGAUGACGAAGCCGAUUCGGCUGGUAUCGACUUCGUGAAAAUUGACGACAAAGAUUUCGCUCGUGAAAUGGGUGUCUUUGCCUUGCCGGCUGUUGUCUUCUUCAGACACAGUAACCUGGAUCCUGUUAUCUACGCUGGCGACCUCAAGAACGAAGAACGACUUUUAGAGUGGCUUCUAAUCCAGAAAGAUCCAACGAGUGACAUGAUUGAAGAAUACGAAGACGAACAACUUGUUGAAUGCAUCCGCAAAAUGGAAUUUGUCGCCGUUUACUUUUGUAAAUUAGAAUUUCAAAUUUCUCAGAGCACUGUGUGUAAAUUACGAAAUUUAUUGGCAGAUAACAAGCAAGAGUGCGAACACUGCCUUAGCAUCUUGGAUGAAUUGGAGAACAUCGAUGACGAUACAGACCGCCAUGGCAUCAGCUUCAUUAAAACUCAAGAUCUGAACAUCGCUACCAAUUUUGGAGUUCAUGAAUUUCCAGCAUUGAUAUACUUUGAAAAUCAAGUACCCAGCAUUUACGAAGGAGAGUUGACUUCGGAAGAUGUGCUGCAAUGGCUCAUCCAGCAGAAGACAGAAGACCGUAUCGAAACUGUGACCAGAAGCAUGCUGGAAAGUUUGCUCAUUAAUGUCCAGUACCUGGCCGUGUACUUUUACAAGCCCAAUUGCAAGGCCUGCGACCAAGUCCUGAUUGAACUGGAAAACAUUGACGACGAAUGCGAUCUGUUUGGCAUUCAAAUGGUGAAAAUUCAGGAUCCUCAAUUAGCAAAGCGCUACGGUAUCAAGACCUUCCCAGCUCUAGUUUACUUCCGCAACGGCAAUCCACUGCUCUACGACGGAGACUUAAAGAACGAAGACUCGGUGUUGGAGUGGCUGUCGGAUGAUGAAAAUCGAGAACUGGCCGACGAAAUCGAGGCCGUCAACAGCCGCAUGCUGGAACGGCUACUCGAUGAAUCGCCUUUUCUAGCCGUCUUCUUUUACGACAAUGACUGCCCCGACUGCAAUACCGUUCUGACCGAACUGGAGAACAUUGACGACGAAGCGGAUAAAUUUGGUAUCGACUUUGUCAAGAUCAAUGAUGAAGAAACGGCCAAGAAGUUCGGAAUCAUUCAUACACCAGCCUUGAUUUACUUCCGAAAACGGACACCUAUGAUCUAUGACGGUGAUUUGUUGGACGAGCAGCGUGUCCUUAGUUGGCUAACUUCUCAGGAUGUCUUCGAAAUCAAGGACGAGAUUGAAGAGGUCAACCGUAAGAUGCUGGAUAAAUUACUCGAUGAAAACGAGUUCGUGUCCGUCUAUUUUUAUGAAAAUAAUUGCCCCAAGUGUCAAGAGGUGCUGCAAGAACUGGAGAACAUUGACGCUGAAACGGACAAUUUAGACAUCACUUUCGUUAAGAUACGCGAUACGCGCUACGCUCGCAAGUACGGCGUCACCAAGUUCCCGGCUAUGGUCUACUUCCGGCGUCGUUUCCCAUCCAUCUAUCGAGGCGAUUUAAUGGCGGAACAGGAAGUGCUCGAGUGGCUUCAGAAGAACCGCUUCAAGCAACCGGAGCUCAAUCUAUUUAUGUACGCCCUUGGAGGCAUUACAUCGGGAUUCGUCUUUUACACCAUUUUCCUGCUUUUCUGCUUCAAAGGACCCCAUCAAAAGACUGCCUAAUAAUAUCCCCUUUAAACCCCCCCUGCCAUUCGUUAUAUUGUCGACCUUCUAAACAGGAACAAAGUUCAGAAUUUUAUUUACCCAAAGAGGCAAAAGAAUCAGAGUGAAAAAGAACAUUUGUGCAUCGUCUCUUCUCGUGCCUUUUUCCUCCCCCUAAAUAAAAACAAAACAAAACUUGAGGUUAGCCAAUCUGUGUGGCUGGCUUAAUCUAUUGUGAAAACACCUGACGUUUGCUGAUAUAAAGAAAGGGGAAAAAAAAACAUACUCCUGUCUUUUUGUGUUUGGGUUGAAUAACGACAAGAAAUCGUUCGCGUAAACGCGUGUAACGUUGACUUCAUUUUUGCGGUUUUUCUUACCACAUUUUUUUCGUUUGUUUGUUUAUCAAUAAUCAACUGUGUGUUACAGCCUUGUGAAGGCGGAUCAAGGUGAAAUGGGGGAAUAACAAACACGACAGCGCGUGUGUGACUAAUAAUAUUUAUGGGGUAAUUGUUCUCCAUCUUUCUUUGAACAUGAACAUCAUGCUUCCUCUUUCAAAAAAAGAUCUAUUCAUUGAAAAUGGAGCUGAAAAAAUAUCGAAGGGAUUUGACAAUACAAUGAUGAAGUGCUGUACAGUCGAAUUUUUACCACAGUGCCAAUAACAGAAUGACUUUGUUUGCUUCCUCUUCUAAUUUGGAAAGAAAAAUGCAAUUUACAAACCUAUGUGUGGCCUCUGUACUUUUCUAUCGCCAUUGCGUGUCUCUUCGUUUUUUUUUCUCUCUAGCGUCGCACCACUAAUAUCGAAUGAAUUGGCCGUGAGUGAUUCUUUGAAAUUUCUUCUUUCCGCUGUCGCAUUUUUCUUGUGUUCAUGGGGUAACAUAGUUUUGUUUUUUUCCGAACUCAUUUUUCCUAUUUUGGUUUCGACAGCCUUCUCUUCUACUUGUAUUACUCUUUAGUUUUUACCCCAAAUUCAUUGCCAGUAAGCUGUGCAUUUUUUUUUGCCGUGAUUCAGGUGAGAUCAAUUACACACGAAAUGUCACACGUCC